ACGAAUGUUGUAACUUCUGUUUCCCUUGUUGAAAGAAAGGAACACCUCCCUCCCUCCACAGAGAGCUAGUAAGAGACAGGAGUAAUCCUACAAGCUACCAACACCAUCAUGAAGACAUCAAAUGUUCUUGUUCUCAUCUUAGUCCUGCUUUACAUCAAUGCCAGCACAGAAUGGCCUACGCACACAGUCUGCAAAGAGGACAACUUGGAAAUAUAUUACAAAAGCUGUGAUCCCCAACAAGAUUUUGCUUUCAGCAUUGACCAUUGUUCUGACAUCACAACUCACACCUUUAACAUCAGAGCUGCAAUGCUCCUAAGACACAAUAUCAAAGAACUGUACCUCAAGCUUAACCUAAUCAUCAACGGGAAGACUGUCUUAACCUACUCAGAAACGCUUUGCGAGCCAGGACUUUCUAAGCUGAUUUUCUGUGGAAAGAAGAAAGGAGAACACCUCUACUAUGAGGGACCAGUCACACUGGGAAUCAAAGAAAUCCCACAGGGAGAUUACACUGUUGAAGCAAGGCUGACUAACGAAGAUCAUGUCACUGUCGUCUGUGCUGAUUUUAUUGUGAAAAAUUAUUUAGACUAUUAUUAGCAAUAAACCAAUUUCAUAAAAGCUACAGACUACCAAAGCUAUUUAAGCAAAGUGAACUGCUUGCAUGCUACAAUGAUUCUGAAAUAAAUAAUUCUCACAUGGUGGUUCUGAUGCUAUUCCUUUUUAUAAUUCACUAUUUUCAAGUAGUCACUAGACCCUCUAGUGGUAAUUUUAUCUCUAAAUGCAUGCUGCAGCCCACUUUUUGCUUCUAAAAUAUACAGCUGCAAAUAGAAAGUAUCCAAUACCAACAUUCGUGUCUUAGGAUGAAAAUAGUGUAAAGCAGAGAAGGCGAGAGCCUAAACACUUUUUUUUUUUUUGUGGGAAGUUAUGGAGAUAUCAAUUUCUAACACAGGCCAAAGAAGACUUUCAUAUCUAUCAUAAUAUUAUACAGUUACAGCAUUCAACAUUUUCAACCUUUUCUGGGGCCUGUCUGUAGCCUCCACUAGUAUACAUUUUGUUCCAACCACAGAACAAAGACCAAAUAGAUUGAACAUGACUUUUUUUUUUUUCCCAGUGAUCCAUGUCCUGUCAUUGGAUUUGUAUCACUUAAGCCUUCUGGAAUCUACCUGGAUUUUUUUGUUCUUUAAUGGUUUUUAAGUGAUUUGUGAAUCACUCUGUACCUAAGCUGUGUGCUCUUCUUGCUUCUCAAUAAAUUCAUACUGAAAGAA